AUGGCGGAAUCGAAAACUGUUACGGUUGUACCGUUGAAUGGGUCGAACUAUGGGACUUGGAAAGUCCAGUGUCGCAUGGCUCUCGUGAAAGACGGGCUGUGGAGCAUUGUUUCUGGAAAUGAAACUGCUCCUGCUUCGACAGAAGCUGAAAAAUAUGCGAAGUUUGUUAGUCGUAGAGAUAAAGCACUGGCGAUUAUCGUGCUUUCGGUACAUCCUUCGCUGUUAUAUUUGCUCGGAGAUCCUGAAGACCCUGUAGCCGUAUGGAAGAAAUUAUCAGACCAGUUUCAGAAGAAAUCGUGGGCAAACAAACUGUCUUUAAGACGACGUUUAAAUAAUUUGAGGCUGAAAGAAGGGAAUUCUAUGUCAAGUCAUAUAAAAGCGAUGACUGAGGUUUUCAAUGACUUGGCUGUAAUAGGUGCGCCAAUGGAAGAUGAAGACAAGGUUGUAACCUUGCUGGCAAGUCUCCCUGAAACCUAUAAUAUGCUUGUAACUGCACUCGAAGCGAGUUCUGAAGUCCCACAAAUGGAACUUGUAACUGAACGUUUGCUUUAUGAAGAAACAAAGCUGAAUGAGCGAGAAAAGUCCCCCAAAGCCUCGGGUAAAGUUAUGGCGGCCUCGAGGACUGAUAGGAAAUCAAUUAAAUGUCAUCACUGUGGAAAGUUUGGACAUAUAAGACGUUUUUGUAAAGAUUUGAACAAAGACAAAAUCGCAAAGGAGUCUAAACCACCUUUAAACAAGGGACAACAAGCUGGAAAGGGGCAGUCUGGUUCUCGUAGUGAAAGUUUAGGAUUUGUUGCACAAAGUUUGGCAGCAAAUACAUGUGGAACUAACAGUGAAACAUGGAUUGUUGACUCUGGUGCAACAUGCCACAUGUGUAACAACAAAGCUUUGCUUGAAGACUUUGUUGAAUUCAAUGAGCCUGUUGAUGUAAUGCUUGGUGAUGGAAAAGUUCUGAAUGCUGUUGGAAGUGGCAUUGUUACAGUAUGUACUAAUCUUGUGAAUGGAAAGCAGCAAGAGUGUAAACUACAUAAUGUACUUUUUGUUCCGAAACUGAGCUAUAAUCUACUAAGCGUAUCGAAAGUGACUGAAGCUGGUAAAUCUGUUAGUUUUGAAGAAACAAAAUGCAAUAUUUCAUGUAGUGACGGGGAAAUUAUUGCAAUUGCAAAGAAAGUUGGAUGUUUGUACUAUAUGGAUUUUCAACCUAUCUUAGAAUGUUCAAAUGCUGUAUCAAAUGAAGGAACUGAACUCUCAAAUGAAAUGUUAUGGCAUCAACGUUAUGGACACUUGGGAGUCCAAAGUUUAAAGCGAUUAGCAAAUGAAGAUUUAGUUGAAGGUUUCAACUUUGAUACAAAGAAAGAUUUGGAGUUCUGUGAUGCAUGUGUACAAGGAAAGUUACACCGGUGUUCGUUUCCUAAUAGUGGUGCAAAGAGAGCUAGUGAACCACUAGGCUUAGUGCAUAGUGAUGUGUGUGGAAAGAUAAACACUAAGUCAUGCGGUGGUGCUGAAUACUUUCUAACAUUCACAGAUGACAAAACUCGCUAUGCCUGGGUGUAUCCAUUGAAGCAAAAGAGCGAAGUGUUCAGUCGGUUCUUGGAGUGGAAAGCUGUUGCUGAGAAGUCAAGUGGACAUAAGCUAAAAACUCUAAGAACUGAUAAUGGUG